AUGGCAAAAGCUGAGCCAAGUGUUGACUGACUCUACGACUAUAUCUUACAAUUCCUAAAAUCCCCAGGAUGGAGAAUCCCCAUUGUUUCAUUCAUGGACGAAAACUGCGCAGCUUUUGAUUCUGAAGACGAGAACAAGCUUGUCUACACAGAAAUCCACGAUGUAUUUUUCACAUAGAAAUUUAAAGAACUGAUCGACAGCCUCCUCGAAAACCUCUGCAGAGAAAUCGGCGUCACCCCUCAGCAAUUUGUAAACGUUUGCGGAAUUGGCAUGAAAUCGCCAGCCCAUAGAAGAAUCUUUGAGCAAAUAAUUGCAUGCGAUAACUUCAUGAGCUUCAAAAAACUCAUGCUCAAGAGGAAUAAGGAAAUUGAAAUGGAGGUUGCCAAGCUUAUGUCAAAACCUGAAUCUCCUACACCUGCAGGAGCAGAAAAAGAAGUAAAAGAGCAGGCUGAAAUGGCCCAGGCGAUCACUUUAAGUCUGGCUGCUGAAGAGGAAAGGAAGAGGAAGCUGGAUCGUGAAGAAGAAGAGCUCCAAAGGGUGUUAAGGCUCAGCGAAGAAGAGUUUAAGAGGAAACAAGAGCAAGAAGCUCAACGACUGGCUGCCUUGAAAAGGUUGGAAGAUGAAAAAGCUGGAAAAAUGAAGCAGGCUGAAGAAGAAAAAGCUGCAAAAGUGAAGCAGGCUGAAGAAGAAAAAGCUGCAAAAGUGAAGCAGGCUGAAGAAGAAAAAGUCGUCAAAUCUAAGCAUUUCGAAGAAGAAAAAGCUCACAAGGUAGAGAGUGAGCAUAUAAGACCAGAAGAAGAAAAGAAAGGAGAAGUUGAGGCUGCAAGUCCUGAAGGAAGCAAAAAAUCAGCCAAAGGGUUAAAAGAUGACAAGAAAAGAGUAAUGGAAGAGAUGAAACAGAAAGAACUUGAAAAGAAACUGCAAUUAGAAAGAGAAGAAAAAGAAAGAGAACAAGAAUCAAUCAGGAAAAAGCAGAAACAAGAAGAAGAACGCCUAAGAGCAGUCAACGAAGCUGCAGAAAGAGAAAUCCAAGAGCAACUCAGAGAGCAGGAAGAAGCCAACAAACUCAAAAUCCAACGAGAACUAGAGCUGCAAGAAAAGAAAGUAAAAGAAAUGCAAGAAUUCAUGAGCCGCUCCUCUGAUAAGAAGCAAGAAGAAAGAAAGGAGCAUUCUCCUGAAGACAAGAACCACCCUGACCUCAGACCCAUCCAAAAACGCAAGCAAGGCCCAGUAUGUUUUAUAUAGGCAAAUGCUUUGGAUUUCCUCAAUGAAAAUCCAAGAGAAAAGACUGACGAGCUCGAAGAAGAAGCCCAAGAGAUAGCCAAGAAGUCUAGCAAUGCUGAUUACUCUAAUGAACCCACUGGAGUAGAAACGCUGGCCCAACGUCAAGCAAGACUUAAAAGGCAAAGAGACGAACUUCUAGCACGUAAAAAGCAGGAAAGAGAGCAUGAGAUGAAGCAGCAUGUAGCCAACGGAGGUUCUGAUUUUAGCGUCAGAAAAGAUGUGUCUCAUCUACCUCCAAUUAUCACCCAAGAAGAAAUUGAAAAGAGAAGAAAUAUAUAUUCAAAGAUUAAACAGGAAGAGCCAUUAUAA